AACCAUAAGCCCAACUGCGCAAACGUCUAGCACGCCUGAAGUAGGAAUAUUGUGUUUCUUUUUGUUUUCUAGGAACCGGAGAUGAAGUCGUUUGUCGUUCUUGCCGCCAUCUUGGCCACCGUUGCAGCCGCACCGUACCAGCUGAUUCUGCUGGAUGAAGCCGAUCUGCCGAUCGCCCCGAUCCGUGUGGUUCGUGCCGCUAAUGGUGGUGGCGGUUUGAGCGGAAGUGCGGCCAACGCCGGUGCCCAAUCGUUCAAUCAGGGUGGUGGCUUCGGAGGUUUCCCUGGACACGGUGGAGGUGGUUUCGGUGGACUCUCCGGAUCGGCUGCCAACGCCGGUUCUCAGUCAUUCACCCAGGGAGGAGGGGGAGGACAUGGAGGUGGCUUCCCCGGAUUCGGUGGUCUCUCCGGAUCGGCAGCCAAUGCUGGCGCCCAGUCGUUCAACCAGGGUGGUGGUGGUGGCCAUGGAGGACACGGUGGACUGUCCGGUUCGGCUGCUUCGGCCGGUAGCCAAUCGUUUACCCAGGGUGGUGGCCAUGGAUUCCCUGGAUUUGGUGGAUUCUCCGGUUCGUCGGCCAAUGCUGCCUCGCAGUCGUUCACUCAAGGAGGCGGCCAUGGUGGAUUCGGUGGUGGUUUGGCUGGAUCGGCUGCCAAUGCCGGUGCUCAGUCCAUUGUCGCCCAUUGAAACCUCCCUACCUCAGUCGAAGCAGAUCGGUGAUUGAUUCGCGAACUUCAACUACAAGUACAAAAACCGGGCGGACGAACAUCACGGAAGACAACAGGUCUUUAUCUUCAUCAAUACUCCUCUGCAGUCUAUUUGUGAUAUUGACAACAACAAAAACUACGAAAAUGUAUGUUCAAACAUCGGACAGGAACAGUAUUCGAAGCAAGAAGGAAAACAAAAACGUUAAUAAAAUAACAAACG